GUAAGAAGGAGAAGAAAAUGACGGAAGUGUUUUAUUAUUAUUUUCUUUAAAUGUGUAGAGACCUUUUUUUUUCUGCCUAUGCGUGUGUCAAGACGUGUUUAGAAUCUAUGUGUAAGGUAUAUACUAAAACAUGAAAGAAGGCACUAUAUGUUCGACUGGCGAUCCCGAGAGUUAUCUGUGAAAUUACAUGUCCAUAAUGCCAUUGCAAGGUCUGAAGGAGACAUUAUGUCACAACCCUAGGGAACAUUUAAUGUUUUAGUUGUCGAAAGUCUCCGUAAGUUAGGCUACUGGACAGAAAACUUGAGAUGGCCUCUCGUGUUCUGCGACUAUAUGAAUGCGUCAGGGAAAUGGCGAGGUUGGGACACUAUUCUGGUCAAUCGUCACUCUAUAACAUUCCCUCAGGAUGGCCACAAAGUCAGGUGGCAGGGAAGAAAAUUUACUUCAACCUUCCCGAAGUGAAAGAGGAAGAUCUAGAGGAGCAGUUCGUGCGCGGAUCUGGCCCUGGUGGACAAGCCACCAACAAAACGAGUAACUGUGCGGUCCUCAAACAUGUCCCCACAGGUAUUGUUGUGAAGUGUCAUCAGACGCGCUCCUUGGAACAGAACAGGAAGCGAGCUCGGGAGAUCCUGAGACUGCGUCUCGACGUGUUUCUCCGCGGUGAGGAGAGCGAGGUCCUGCAGAACCGGAACGAAGCCGUGCUGAGGAAGCAGGAGAAACGGCGCAGAGCCAACGAGAACCUCGAGAGGAAGCGCAUCUUCAAGCAGAGCCUGCUGGAGGACCCCGCCCCCGCCCCCGCCCCCGCCCCCGCCCCCGCCGGAGACGGCAAGAACCAGGGCUGAAAUGCCUGCUUCACUCACUGCCAGGGUGAAGAACGUGGGGGACACACAUACCCCCGUCCCAAACCCAGAUGGGGUCACAUUCAGACAGAUGGGGUAAGGGCGUCCGGUUUGACCACUAGGUCUCAAUCUGCCCUGUGAAGUCUGCAGCGCUACCUAUGGACCCCGGGGAUAGAACCCAGACACGGUGCUCAUGGACAGCCAGCCUACAGUGUGACUCAAGGGUGGAGAAAGGAAAGUGAGGGGAGAAACUUUUUAAGGAACAAUUUGUGAAACAAGGGUAAAUAUACUGAUGGGAUUUCAUCUUAGAAAUGACCUUUGAUACUCCUUAAAAUAGACCCAUUGCAUGCGCAAAAACCUUGCAAUUGGGGCAAGAGUGUUUGGUGUGUUGUUGUGCAAUCCAAAAAUGUUGAGCGGUUCUAUACACAAGUUUUGAAGUUAGAUGUGAAAUGCCUUAUUAUUACAUGUCGUGUCAUAUUUCCAGUCCUGUGUGUGUGCAUGCGCAUUGCGUUCUGUGCCAGUGGCAGGAUGUGUGCACUGUGCAUGAUCUAGAUUAGGAUUCAUGCUCUUGAUCGGACUUUGAAUUAAAAAAAAGAGACUUUUAAUUUA